UAUUAUACUCUCCGGGAGCAGUUGCUCUGUCAAUUAUCGAUCGCUCUGUAGAAUUUGCUUCGAAACUCCGCAUUUCCUCAAGAGCCCCGGUGCGUUCGUUUCUUGUGACUUCGACCAAAUGGCGCAGGAAAAGUGUGCGAUUGCUAAGGAUGUUACUGAAUUGAUAGGUAACACUCCACUUGUGUACCUCAACAACGUCGUGGAUGGCUGUGUCGCUCGUGUUGCUGCCAAGCUAGAGAUGAUGGAACCCUGCUCUAGUGUCAAAGAUAGGAUUGGGUAUGGUAUGAUAAAAGAUGCUGAGGAGAAGGGCCUCAUUAAGCCUGGUGAGACUGUCCUCAUUGAACCAACCAGUGGUAAUACUGGCAUAGCUUUGGCAUUUAUGGCCGCAGCUAAGGGUUACAAGCUAAUCAUUGCCAUGCCUGCUUCUAUGAGUAUAGAAAGGAGAACCAUUAUCCGAGCUUUUGGAGCUGAAUUGGUUCUUACAGAUCCCGCCAAGGCCAUGAAAGGGGCUGUUGAAAAGGUAGAAGAGUUAUUGGCAAAGACCCCAAAUGCCUAUAGUCUUCAGCAAUUUGAAAACCUUGCCAAUCCAAAGAUCCAUUAUGAAACUACUGGACCUGAAAUCUGGAAAGACUGCUGUGGGAAAAUUGAUGCCCUAGUUUCUGGGAUAGGUACUGGAGGAACAAUUACAGGUGCAGGAAAGUACCUUAAAGAGCAAAACCCCGACGUUAAGUUGUAUGCCGUAGAACCAGUUGAAAGUCCAGUUUUAUCUGGAGGAAAGCCCGGCCCUCAUAAAAUCCAAGGAAUGGGUGCUGGUUUCAUCCCUGCAGUAUAUGAUGCCGAUUUAAUUGAUGAAGUUGUUCAAGUAUCAAGUGAGGAAGCUGUUGAAACAGCUAAGCUUCUUGCACUGAAAGAAGGUUUGCUGGUAGGGAUAUCAUCCGGUGCCACCGCCACUGCAGCAAUUAAGAUAGCCAAGAGGCCAGAAAAUGCUGGAAAACUCAUUGUUGUUGUGUUCGCCAGCUUCGGUGAGCGUUACUUGUCAUCUGUGCUGUUUGAUUCCCUGAGGAAGGAAGCAGAGAAUAUGACUUUUGAGCCCUGAGAUUUUCCCGACUUUCAAAAGGCGCUAUCCGGUCUCCGUUUCUGUUCGAGUCUGAAUAUAAAAGUACCAAGAGGUCCAAGAUCAUGGUUUUUACGUUCAGAACGCAGUUUAUGGGAGCUAAUUUUGCUUUAUAAGGUUUGCAACUUAUAGCGGUUGCCGAACGGUUCCGUGUCUCUGUUUCUGUUCGAUACAACUUCUUUUUUUUUCUUUUAUUUUUUGUAAAUGUUAAUAAGUUUUGACGCAGAAUUUGCUGUGUUUUCAAAGGCAAAUCGAUGAAAU